AUGCCUGCCUGCUCGAAUCACACAGCUUACGAUCGCAGUCUUUCUUCUUCGGCGGUCGACCUUGAUCAUGAUGGAAACGUUGUUCCUGCAGAUUCUGAGCGAGACCAGGUUGCCAUUGCAUAUGGAACUGGGGAAGUUGUUGGUGAGUUCUCACGCGAGGCCGUUUGCCUAUCCAACUACGAGGGUGAAGUGGAGGAGGCAGCGCUAAAACACCCCGACUGCCUCCAGGUGAGGGUUGUGCAAGCAACAGAGAUGACCGAUGAGCCGUUCCAGCAGUUUGAGUUCGAUGGAGUUCUUGGACUGGGCUUGGAAAGCUUGGCGCUGGAUCCUGAAUUCAGCUUCUAUGGCCAGCUGACGAGGAUGAGCCAGUUGGAGCCAAUCUUCGGCGUCUUCAUCGCUAAAGAGGACAAAGAUGCGAGCGAGAUCUCCCUGGGUGGUAUCAACAUGGACAGAGUAGCUUCAGAGCUUCAUUGGGCACCAGUAGCAAAGCCAGAGCAUGGGCACUGGCAGCUUGCUGUAAGAAGAAUACGAGUAGGCAACGAGACAGUGGACCUCUGCGACACGGGCGACUGCACAGCCAUUGCAGACACUGGAACCUCUCUCAUCGGUGUGCCGAAGGCCUACGUCCAGAAGAUGCACUGGCUCUUGGCACGGCGGGUUGACGAUGAGAAAGUUCCACCGGCAGACUCCUCUGAGUAUUUUGACUGCCGGAACCAGCCAGGGCCCGACAUCGUUUUUGAUCUUGGUGAUGGGCUGGAGCUGACGGUCGGUGCGGAGGAAUACUCCCGUCCAGCAGCCCUGCGUGUUAUCACCAACGCCACUGGUGAGGAGGAGCUCAUUUGCAGAGCUUCUCUCCUACCCGUCGAGGAGAUUCCGUCCAUCGGCCAUGUGCCAAGUCGGGCCUGCAGACUGGCACCUUACCGCAGAUAUCUACAUAUAUAUAUAUAUAUAUGUAUAUUUAUUUGUUUUUGUAGAUUUAUAUAUAGAAAUAUAUAUAUUUUAAGGGGCUGCGCCCAUGGGCGGGCAGCGCAGGCAGGAGCGCGGGGCGAGCAGUUUCUAAGCAUUUUGAGGCCCCUAUAA